UCGCAGAAUUAUCGCCAAGCUAAACACGCUUCCCGUAUUAUUAACAAAAAUGUUAAAUCGCCUUCUCGGAUGGUUUUACCCAUCGUACCAUAAUUAUGACCCGAGAACUGUCGAGUGGUUUUUAAUGUCGGGACCAGGGCCUGUGAUAAUUAUACUGGCGAUGUACCUGUAUAUCUGCACUUCAGGCCGAAGAUUCAUGAGAGACAAGCCACCCUACACGUUGCGCAAAACUAUGAUUGUGCACAACUUGAUUCAAGUCUUUUUCAACAUUUAUUUAAUCCGAGAGGGCUUAAUGACAGGCUGGCUUCACAAUUACAGCUACUCGUGUCAACCAUUCGUUUAUUCGGAAAGCCCGUUGGAUAUUCGGAUCGCGAGAAGCGUACACCUGUACUUCAUUUGCAAGAUCAUUCAACUUUUAGAUACGGUAUUCGUCGUACUCCGCAAGAAGGAACGUCAAUUAUCUUUAUUUCAUGUUUGUUACCACUUUACAGCGGUGACUUAUUCAUGGAUUGUAGUCCGUUACAUGGCUGGUGGUCAUUCAACGUUUAUCGGAAUAUUGAACUGUUUUGUUCAGACAUUUGUAUACAGCUAUUACUUACUCGCUGCAAUUGGGCCGAAAGUACAGAAGUACCUAGUGUGGAAAAAGUAUCUGACUGCACUACAAAUCGUACGAUUUGUUAUUGCAGAUUUACACAGUAUACAAGUGUUCUUCAUCGACUGUACCGUUUCAAAGUCAACAGCUCUGACCACAAUAGUGAUCAGCACUACUUUUACGUACAUGCUCGCAUCCUUUUAUGUCCAAAAUUACCAUAAAAGUAACGUUAAUAACGUGGCGUGCGUAGGUGUCUCAAAAAAUAAUUCCACCAAUCUGAAAUCUAAUAAAAAAGAUUUUAAACUUCAAAGUAUCCCUGGACAGUGUGAUUAAGUUGCAUGCUAUAUCAAUUGAAAGUACGGAUGGUUGAGGGUCGUAACUUAAGGAAUCCUCACGUCAAAUUGGGCUAUGGUGUUGUAAUCGAAUAUCCUAAAUCGAUACCACGGUAACAUGAAGUUGUUUUAUACUGUCUAUACCUGUUCUAUGUUAAAUUAAUAAAGUUACAAUGUUCAUGGUUUUAA